AUUCCUACCCGCGCCGUGCAGGUUUGAAACUCGCCCCGUCAGCGGUGAGCGGGGAGAGCGGACUAGCAGCUGCCGCGAUGGCUUCGUUUGUCACCGAGGUGCUGGCGCACUCCGGGCGGCUGGAGAAGGAGGACCUGGGCACCAAGAUCAGCCGCCUGUCCCGGAGGGUGGAAGAGGUCAAGGGUGAAGUGUGUGACAUGAUCAACAAAAAGUACGAUGAGUUUCUUCCCAGCAUGCAAAGUGCAGAAGAUCUAGUGACGCAGGUGCACGAUCUGGUCACCGAUGUGAACGUCCUGAAGUCUACAAUCGAGAAUGAGGUACAAAGUGACGUUCGAGUCGCCAUCAGCGAAUUCACAGAACUAAAACAGCAACUGGAAAAAACCACAAUAAUUCUGAGCGUCCUGAAACAGCUGCAAGAGUUUGACAGCGCAGUGGAGAAAUAUAACUGCGCACUGACAGAGAAGAACUACAUAACCGCGGCUCGGCACCUUGAAAAGGCACAGGCCAGUCUAAAGGUAUUAAAGUCUCGGAGAGGCUGCGAGCUGAAGCUGCUGAAGGCUCUGGGGAUCGAGCUGACGGUGCAGAAACAGAACAUGCUGUACCAUCUGGGCCAGGAGUGGCAGCAAAUGGCUGUGUGGAAGCUUCCUCCAUCCAAAGAACUCUGCAGUCUGGAGAUGCUGUCACAGACAGAGCUGCACUUGUGCACUUUGCCGUCGAGCGAUGAGUCCUUGACUGGUCCUUUGCUGGGGUCAGUACUUCAGGCCUUGGCUGUCCUGGGGGAGUUGAACACCAAACUCAAAUUUUUCAGUCAGCUGCUACUGAAAUACAUCCUGAAGCCUCUCGUCACGUACCCCGCACUAUAUGUACAAGUGGAGACUCAUCCGCAGGGCGUCAUCUUGCGUUUUGAAACCAGUAAAACCAACGUGGAACAUCCGCCUCCUGCAGAGGUUUUUCUGAAGCUAAAGUUGGUUCUUGAAUUGCUUCACAAGCACCUUCUAGAUGUCCCACUUCAAGACUCCCCAAGAGACGGAGCGUGCGACAAGGUGGUGUUGGCGGAGGUCCUUGGCGAUCUGAUCUGGGAGGAGAUUUCCGAGUCUAUCAUUAAAGACUGUCUGGUCUAUUCCAUUCCCAACAACAGCAGCAAACUGGAACAGUAUGAAGAGGUGAUAAAAUCUACAGAGGAGUUUGAAAAUGCUCUUAAAGAGAUGAAAUAUCUGAAGGGUGAUGCUACAGAGCUGCUGAAAUAUGCCAGAAAUGUCAAUGCCCACUUUGCCAGCAAGAAAUGCCAGGAUGUUAUUGUUACAGCCAGAAACCUAAUGACCUCUGAAAUACAUAAUACUGUAAAGAUUACUCCUGACUCUAAAGUGACUGUGCCGAAGCUUCCCAGCCCUGAGAAAGGGGAGAAAGGGAAAAGUCAGAUUGUGCCAACAAAUCUCCCCAGUGAAAGUCCUGGUCUGGAAAAUGAGACCAAGCUGAGCCAGCACACGUUCUCUCUCCCGACGUGUAGGAUCAGUGAGUCGGUGGAGAAGCUGAUGGAACUUGCGUACCAGACGCUGUCUGAGGCUACAGACAGCAACAAGCCUUGUGCCAUUCAACUUUUCUACACUGUCCGAAACAUUUUCCAUCUGUUCUAUGAUGUUGUCCCAACGUAUCACAAAGAGAACCUGCAGAAACUUCCCCAGCUCUCCGCCAUCCACCACAACAACUGCAUGUACAUAGCCCACCAUUUGCUCACGCUCGGGCACCAGUUUCGCUAUCAUCUCCCGACUCCGCUCAGCGAUGGAGCCGCCACUUUUGUGGACAUGGUUCCUGGAUUCAGAAGACUUGGUACCGAGAGCUUUCUGGCCCAGAUGCGUUCCCAAAAAGCUGAACUCCUAGAAAGGUUGUCAAGUGCAAGAACCUUUAUCAAUAUGGAAGAUGAAGAAAAUUAUACAACAGCCCACAAGGCCAUAAGGCAGGUUAUUCACCAGUUGAGCCGCCUGGGCAAGGUCUGGCAAGACGUUCUCCCUGUAGCCAUUUACUGUAAAGCCAUGGGCACCUUGUUAAACACGGCCAUCACCGAGAUGAUCAGCAAAAUCACUGCCCUGCAGGACAUCUCCACAGAGGACGGAGAGCGGCUGUACACGCUGUGCCGGACGGUUAUUGAGGAAGGUCCCCUGGUCUUUACCCCUCUGCUUGACGAAGGCAUAAACAAGAAAUACCAGGAGGAGGUGCCAGUGUAUGUGCACAAGUGGAUGAAAUUCAAAGAGCUGAUGAUAAUCCUGCAAGCCAGUCUGCAGGAGAUCGUGGACCGGUGGGCGGAUGGUAAAGGACCUCUCGCUGCAGAAUUUUCCACAAAUGAAGUGAAGAGUCUGAUCAGGGCGUUGUUUCAGAACACGGAGAGAAGAGCGGCUGCUUUAGCUCGGAUAAAAUAACUGACCGCCGCCUGUGUAUUCGCUGUAAUUUUAUGUACAUAAACAGCCUGCUUCAGGGGCCUCUAGUAAAUUCUAUUUGUUUGUGUGCAGGAUUCACGCAUUGUUGUAAGGGCUACACAUUAUAUAUUUUUUUCUUUUUAAAUGACAAUAAUGUAAUUCUGUACAUGCUCUUAUAUUAAAUCUAUUUACAUGUU